GAGAGAGAGAGAGAGAGAGAGAGAGAGAGAGAGAGAGAGAGAGAGAGAGAGAGGUUGGUGAAGAUCAAUUGAGUCUCAGCACGGAGAUCUUCAGUCAAUGACAGCGAGUAUAUUUUCCUGGUGAAGGUGACGCAUAACGGAUUAUUAUGCGUGUGCUGAUCGCCGUGUGCGCGCUCGCGCUGCUCAUCGCCGGAGCUUCUGCCCGCAACGACAAUUUUUUGGACGACAAAUGGUUGACCGGGAGAUGGGACAAAUUUAGAGAUGAACCAGGGACAUGGAGCCCCGGAAAGCCAUUCGAUCAAGCUCUUGACCCUGCCAAAGAUCCAUGCCUCAAGAUUAAAUGUGGCCGCCAUAAAGUGUGCGUGGCAGAAGAUUACCAAACACCAACUUGUGUCAGUCAACGCAGGAUGAGUAUUAAGGACAUGAACUCAAACUCACCACUACUGAAAUGCAAGCCGUGUCCAGUUGUCCAUCCUUCACCUGUAUGUGGAACAGACGGACACACGUACUCCACCAAGUGUAAACUAGAGUAUCAAGCCUGCAUCUCUGGAAAGCAGAUUUCUGUAAAGUGUCCAGGACAGUGUCCCUGUCCUUCACAGAGUUUAGUGGAGAAGAAAGAAUGCGGUAAUGCUGAAAUGACUGAAGUGGUCAGCAGAUUAAGAGAUUGGAUCACAGUUCUUCAUGAGAAUGGCAAUCGCAGCAACAAAUUGAAGCUCCAGAAGCCAGAGAAGAAGAUAGAAACGAGUAAGCUGCCCCUCUGUAAGGACUCUCAGGGCUGGAUGUUCUCCAGACUGGACACAAACUUUGACCUUGAGCUUGACCAGUCAGAGCUGUCCAGCCUGAGCUCAGAGAAGAGUGAUGUCUGCACUAAAGCCUUUCUCAGCUCAUGUGACCUGGAAAAAAACAAGCUAAUAUCCAGCCAGGAGUGGUGUGCUUGCUUUCAGAAAUAUCAGGAUGCUCCCUGCCAAACAGAGAUCACCAGCAUCCUCAAACAGCAAGUUGUGAAGAAAUUACUGGGGACGUAUAUGCCUUCCUGUGAUGAGGAUGGAUUCUAUAGACCUCAUCAGUGUCAUAGCAGCAGUGGGCAGUGCUGGUGUGUCGACCGCUAUGGAAAUGAGGUUGCAGGGUCUCGCACCCAAGGGUCUGCUGAUUGUGCAGUGGAGGCUUCUGGAGAUUUUGGCAGCGGUGAUUCGCUGCUGUCAGAUGAUGAGGAUGGUGAUGUUUUAAAUGAUGAAGAGGAAAUGGAAGACGAUGAAGAUGAAUACGAACAUACGGAUGAGUAUGGGGACCUGUCGUAAACUGUUUUCCACUUUAAUUUCAAUUUUAUUUUGAUUUACAAACGAGGAGCCAAAUAAAACACAGACUUUCAUUUGGUCUAAAAGCACGUUUCUAGGUGACCUUGACAGAAUAUUAACAUUACUUAAGGGUUCAUCUACCCAGUGCUGUGUAAUAUUUGUACAAAAUUAAUACCGAUAUUGGAUAACCAUAUUCCAUUUUUCUUAGAAAUUCUUAUAUCGAUCCAAAGUGUAUUAACAAAUCUUGGAAUUCAGAAUGGGUUUGGUAAGGACUUCAACCGAUGAGGGUUUGCACUUAUAAACAUGCACAUGAACACGACACAGACAAAACACAUGCUUGUAUGCUAAAGUUGUGUUUUAAAGUUCGUACCUUGCAAGAUUUAUCAAAGAGUUAUAGCAUGAGGGAUUCACAAUGGUUUAUUGCAUUUUGACUCCUGUAUGAUGAUUUAAUAGGGUCCAAAGAAUAAAAAAAUGUCUUUUUAGUCUUAUUUGCAACACAGUAAAAACUUUCUGCAUAAUCAUGUACCUACUUUUAUUUAACCUCACAGUUUGGUCACAGCUUAAUAAAGACUUAAAAAUGCAGAAUGAUGUAAUCGGCCAAAAUUGAUUUGAUGUGUAAUAGAGAACAAACUUGGCAUUAUGUUUUUGUGACAGUGUUGAAUUACAAGUGUCAUACCAAAUGAAUGUUAUGUUAACAGACUUACAGUAAUGCUCAUGGCAUGACAUUGAAAAAACAGUGUAAUGUCUAGUGUACGUCUACAAAAAUACUUUGUCAGGGCUCCAGACUAACUUUUUUCACUAGGAGUACGGUGGCCCCCAACUGAAAAAUGUAGGGGCGCAACCAAAAAAUUUAGGGGCACACACUGUAAAUCAAAAUGCUAACUAAAUAUUCACAUUUCUACUAAUUUCCACUGUAUUACUAAUAAAUACUUUAAUAUGCUAGAUGCAGAAAGUACAAUGUGCUGUUUCAAAAUCAGUGUAACAUUACAAAAAAAGUCAAAUUUACUGGUGGCACAUGUGCGACUGGAUGUAAAAUUCAGUGGCACACUCUCAAAUUUUGGUGGCAAAAUGCCACCAUUUGGUGGAAGUCUGGAGCCCUGUUUGUGUAAAGACCCUCUUACAAACCCAAACACACCACACCUUACCUUAGAAACAUUUCGGCUGUCUCUUUGGGCAUGAGGUGCCUUUAACAUUUACAUGGAGGAAUGGAGGCUGAGUGAAAAAGAGGAGAUAUUUAGAGUUAGAAUGUAGAACUAUUGACUGCCAUACGAAGCUAAAAAUGAGAGAUUUUAGCCUCAUGCGCUCACUGUUGCUUUGGUCUAUAGGAGAAAGUCAGUAUGAUUAGUUUGUUUGCAUAUGUUACUGUAGACAAAAGAUCGUAUGGUGUUCUUCUCCUUGUUCUUCUCAGUGCUUUUGCCUUUUGUGUCAGAUUUUUAUUUCAUAAUGUGCUUAUGAAAAUACAGAUUUCCUUAUAUGGACAUUGUGGUGUUUUCUAAAGAAGCCUGUUAUUCGGUUUAAUGAGUUAAUGAUGAUCAGUUAAAGAGGUCAGAGAAAAUUUUAUCAGUGUUGUCAUCUGUCCAGCUGUUAUCGUACAGAUGUUUUUUUUAAGUAUACAUAUAAUUUGCUGAAAUAAAGUUACACAGACCAGAAA